AUUUCAUUAUUUAGAUCCUUAUUUUUGCUUAAUUUCCUGUUCAUAAACUUGACUUUUUGUUUCAAUUUUGUAUGACAUUGUUGCUUGUAUUGUAUGUGAGUUUUUUUUCAUUGGAUGCUUGUUUUCAUGCUUGAUUGAUGGGUUGAAUAUUCAUGGAAGCUUCCUUUUUCAAUUAUUUACUUGAUUUGUCUAUUUAAUGCCAACUUGUUAUUAUAAUUUUUAAUAUGAAAAAUUGGAUUUUUAUUGAUUUUAUAGAUUGUCACACGCUUGAAAAUAUCUUGUUGAUGUUGACAUUGUGAUAAUCUUUUCUCCAAAACUAGAGUUUUGUCCCUUUGUGAACCAAAGAAUGUUCGGUUACAUGAAACUUUCUGAGUAUAAACUUUAGGAUUAGUUUUCCUUAUUCAAUAAUCUAUGCAUGAGAUUUGUGGUAAGAUAGCGGUUAUGAUAGAAUCUGUGUUCCUAUUGAUAUGUAGACGGGCCCUUUUUUGUAUAGUAUUGUUUCGACAGUUUAACUUGUCCAGCACCUGCUUCUGGGAGUACAAUUGAGCUAGUUCUCGGAAGAGUUCUUCCAUAAAAGGUAGAUGGGUUCUAGAAUCCCAUCUCAUCAGCUUAGUAAUGGCCUAUAUGUGUCUGGGCGGCCAGAGCAGCCGAAAGAAAGGGUUCCAACGAUGUCCUCCGCAGCCAUGCCAUAUACUGGCGGAGACAUAAAAAAGUCGGGAGAAUUGGGAAAAAUGUUUGAUAUUCCUGUUGAUGGUUCGAAAUCUAGAAAAUCUGGACCAUUAACAGGUGCACCAUCACGAGCAACAUCUUUCGGAGGAGCCGGUUCACAUUCCGGCCCGAUUCAUCCUAAUGCUGCCGCUCGAGCUAUCUAUACUACUUCAGGUUCCAUGUCUAUUGGUGGCGCGGCUGGUUCAACUUCACAAAAGAAAUCGAAUUCCGGGCCGCUGAGUAAGCACGGGGAACCGGUUAAAAGGUCUUCUGGUCCUCAGUCUGGGGGAGUAACUCCAACCGGACGUCAAAAUUCUGGACCUCUUCCUCCUGUUCUUCCGACAACAGGUCUCAUUACAUCGGGGCCCAUAACAUCUGGCCCGCUAAACUCUUCCGGUGCUCCUAGGAAAGUGUCCGGUCCUCUGGAAGCGACAGGUUCGAUGAAGCUGCAAGGCUCUGCUGCAGCUGUUCACAAUCAAGCUGUGACUGUUCUUAGUCAAGGUGAUGAAUACUCCUUCAGAAGGAAUUUUCCAAAGGCCAUGUUAUGGUUAUUAAUUCUGCUUUUUGUCAUGGGUUUCAUUGCUGGCGGUUUUAUUCUUGGAGCCGUGCACAAUCCCAUUCUCCUUAUUGUGGUUGUGAUUCUCUUUGGUUUAGUUGCUGCGUCUUUCACUUGGAAUACUUAUUGGGGAAGAAGAGCUAUAAUGGGCUUCGUUGCUAAUUAUCCAGACUCCGAGCUUAGAACUGCAAAGAAUGGGCAGUUUGUGAAGGUUUCCGGGGUUGUUACUUGCGGCAAUGUACCUCUCGAGUCAUCUUUCCAAAAAGUGCCGAGAUGCGUAUAUACAUCAACAAGUUUAUACGAGUAUCGAGGAUGGGACUCAAAAGCUGCUAAUCCUACACAUCGACGAUUUUCUUGGGGCCUUAGAUUGCUGGAAAGGCGUGUGGUUGACUUUUACAUCUCCGAUUUCCAAUCUGGUUUAAGGGCAUUGGUUAAGACUGGUCAUGGAGCAAGAGUGACCCCUUAUGUUGAUGACUCAAAUCUCUUCAAUGUAAAUCCAACCAAAGAAGAGUUAUCUCCAGAGUUUCUCCGGUGGUUGGGAGAGAGAAAUUUGUCAAGUGACGACCGCAUCAUGCGGCUAGAAGAAGGGCAUAUAAAAGAAGGAAGCACAGUGAGUGUAAUGGGAGUAGUUCACAGGAAUGAGAAUGUGCUUAUGAUAGUUCCACCACCAGAGCCAAUCACAACAGGUUGCCAUUGGUUGAAGUGUAUAUUUCCUGCAAGCUUGGAAGGAAUAGUGUUAAGAUGUGAGGACAUGUCAAAGACUGAUGUGAUACCAGUUUGAGGUUUAUGUGGAGCAAGAAUGUUUGUAGCAUCAUCUAAUUGGUGAUUCUUAGAUAGUAUUCUUUUCCCCUCUAUUAUUAGUGGUGGUGGGAGUUAAUAUUGACACAUUAUUAUAGAGAUUAAGAUGGAUGGAUAUGGCAGGAAUUGUGAGUGUGUUUGUGUUUAUUUUUUCAUUCUAUUUAAAUAGUUGUGUAUAGUUAUGGUUUGGUUUCAUGUUUUUCUAGGAUAUGUUGUAUACUUUGGUAAUGUUUUGAUGCAGUGAAAAUUCUUAAAUGUGUAUGAAACAUAUUGUUGUUAU